UUUUUGGCAUCGGUGAGCAAAAAUGGCAGACGCCCAGACGUCUCUUCAUGAGAGACUGGACAAGAUCCGCUCGUCGCCGAAGCUUCAAAAUCAGCAGCAAACAUCGGUAGUGCUCAGCGCCAUCGAGGAUAUUCUGCGAAGUCAAAAGAGCGAACCGACAGCAACAGCAUACUUCGCCGCUUUGUUGUCAGUGCUUGGGCAAUACAUCAAUGCAGAAAAGGGCAUUGUUAAUAAGGAGUUCGCCUAUUCAGUCGUGUACUUGCUUGACCUGGUCACUUCGGAUGUGCCUGCGCCACUUCUAAGGUCGAAAUUUCCCCAAAUCCUUGUCAGUCUUGCGCCGGCUCUGACCCUGCCCGAAGCUGAGGCACCUCUCCUGCGGGCGGGUAUUGGAUGCCUGGAAUCGUUACUCAUUGCACAAGAUUCGCAAGCAUGGGCCCUUCCACAAUCUCAAAGCAGUCCUCGCGGCGCUGUCGGAGGGCUACUGAAACUCGCGACAGAUCCCAGGCCAAAGGUUCGAAAGAGGGCGCAAGAUGCUCUAAGUCAGGUCUUGAAAAUGCCACCACCCUCGCCUUCACUGGAUCACCCUGCGGCAGAGAUGUGUGCUGAAGCGGCAUUGCGCCAAUUGCAAGGAGCUGCGGAAGAGGCGAAUGCUAAAAAGAAGAAACAAAAGCAGCGGGAUGAUGGACAAAACGACCCCACUCUGAUGCAUGCGCUCCAGCUGGUCAAGACUGUCUCUUCUGCCCAGAAUGGUUGGCCAAGCAGAAGAAUCGAUGCGCUGUGCGAGAUUUUGCUGAAUAUCUCUCGGGGCAGCAAUGAGUUCUUGACCAUGACUGCGUUUGAGGUGUUUGAAAUCAUCUUCGCUAGUCUGGCUGAUGAGGUGUCUUCCGCGAAGUUGCCCCGGUUGCUUGAAGUCAUCACAGAGUUGCAACCUUCCCAGAAUGAUUCUCAGCUCUUACCUCCAUGGAUUGCAGUCCUGAGCCGCGGUUACGACGUAUCAGCGCAGAUCGAACCAGAGGAGACAUUUGAUAAGCUGCCGGCACUUUUCAGCAAAAUCGCUACCUUCCUAGCAUCUUCUUCGCACAAUAUCAGGGUCUCCGCAUCGGAAUGUCUUAUAUCGUUACUGCAUAACUGCGUGCCAGAUUCUGUCAUUCUAGACCUCUCGAUUAUGGACGAAAAGACACUUGAAAAGGUGUGCAAAACACUGCGUGAGCUCCUCACAGUGAAGUACCAAGCUUCGUGGAUGGAGGUUUUCAACGUCAUCAGCGCAGCUUUUGAUGUGCUAAAAUGGCGAUCCCAUCCUCUCCUGGACGGAAUUUUCAAGACCGUUGGUGAGCUUCGCAGCGAUGAUUCUUUUGCGGGAAAGAAAGAAGCGGACGCAGUAAUAGCGUCGGGCAUCAAGUCCAUGGGCGCGGACAAUGCUCUCGCUAUCUUGCCUCUCAACCUUGGUAAGAACAAUGUGAAGGGUGGCCCUGGUCGAGCCUGGCUUCUACCGAUUCUGCGAGAUGCUGCGAGCAACACGCGGUUGGCCCAUUUCCGAGCAGAGCUCGUACCUCUGAGCGAGAUGAUGUUUCAGCGAGUGCUCAAUUUCGGCAAUGCGGAAAAAACAAUGGAGAUCAAGAUAUUCGAAACUGUGGUCAGCCAGAUCUGGUCGUGCCUCCCUGGUUACUGUCAGCUUCCGCUUGAUCUCCGCGAAGCUUUUGAUCAGAGCUUUGCGGAAAUGCUCAGCAAUCUUUUAUACCAGCAGCCACAGAUGAGAUCAGACAUCUGCAAGGCCCUCCAAAACCUUGUCGAGACCAACAAGGCCAUAACAGAGCUUGCAGGCGACGACAACUUGAUCGCACAAGGCCAAGUUUCGAAGGCAGAAGCACAAAAGAACAUUGCACAUCUUGCUGGACUGGCAGGAAACUUGCUGGCUGUGCUGUUCAAUGUCUACAGUCAAACGCUACCACACAAUCGCGGCAAUCUCCUGCAGUGCAUCAAUGCGUACCUCAGCAUUACACCUGAGAAAGAGCUGUUGGAGACAUUCGAACGUGUCGCCGCCGCGUUGGAGGGAGCUCUCGGCGAGGAUGCCGCGCAGCAGUCCGAUAAGCAGAAAGAACAGCCUUCCAAUAAAGCAGCUCGUGACAAGAUGCCGCCAACAUCGCAUACACUCAUGGACCUGAUCAUCACUAUGUCCACCUACUUGCCUCGGGACAGCUUUGCUGGACUCUUCAGCAUGGCCGCGAACAUUGUCAAUAAGCCAGACGAUGCUCAAUUGCAGAAGAAAGCGUACAAGCUCAUUCCCCGACUGUCCGAGUCAGAAACCGGUCGUCAAGCGUUGAACGACCGCAGUGCCGAUCUUCAGCAGCUCUUGCUGGGUGCAGCCGACAAGGUGGCAGCACCAUCGCGCAGAGACCGGCUUGCCUCGAUAGCCGAGAUCAUUCCUGGACUCCCAAAGUCGGAUCUACAUUUCAUACCAUCCAUCAUAUCUGAAGUUGUGAUUAGCGCCAAAGAGGUGAAUGAAAAGGCUCGCACAGCCGCAUUUGACCUGCUUGUGCUCAUGGGCGAGAAGAUGGAAGAGGGUGGUGUGGUCAUCAAUGCCAAGGUCCCUCACAUGUCUGCAGACGCGCCGGAAGUACCUGCGAGCCUCGAGGAAUAUUUCACCAUGGUGUCUGCUGGUCUCGCAGGCUCAACGCCUCACAUGAUCUCUGCCUCUAUUACCGCUCUUACUCGUUUGCUUUAUGAGUUCCAUGGUCGAGUUCAAGAGUCGACCGUUCGCGAUCUGGUGCAGACAAUGGACCUCUUCCUGACCUCCAACAAUCGCGAGAUUGUACGAUCGGUGUUGGGCUUCGUCAAAGUUUGGAUCAUCUCUCUGCCUAACGAGAUGGUCCUCCCUUCACUACCGACCCUGGUUCCAAACCUUAUCGUCUGGAGUCAUGAGCACAAAGCCCACUUCAAGGCGAAGGUCAAGCACAUUUUCGAGCGUCUCAUCCGUAGAUUUGGCGUCGAGUUGAUUGAACGAUACACACCUGAGACAGACCGGAAACUCAUCGCCAACAUCCGCAAGAUGCGGGAGCGCCGCAAGAAGAAGCGCGACAACGCAGAUGACGACGAAGAGGAUGCCGACCCAGCCGAGCGACGAAAGGGCAAAUUCGAAAGCGAAUACGAUCAAGCUGUCUAUGGCUCGGAGUCGGAUUCCGAUUCAGACAUCUCAAACGAUGACGUACUCGCAAGAUCAGUGGCGAAGGGUCAGAAGGCCAAGAAGGGCGGCAAGCAAUAUAUUGUCGAAGAUGAUGACGAACCUCUGGAUCUGCUAGAUCGUAAGGUUCUGGCUCACGUGUCAUCGAGCAAACCCGUCAAGGGUCGCACAGUCGCUGACGUCAAGAAGAAGAGUGCAAAGACAGACCUCGAUGGCAAGCUCGUGUUCAACGACAAUUCCGAUGAUGAUGUGAUGGACUUUGACGACCAAGGCAUGAUGAAUGGGGCGGAGCCUGGCGACGGAACGAUUGAGGGUGGUAUCAACGCAUACGUCAACGCAAUCAAGGGCAAAGAUGCUCCACAACGAGGACAACGUGGCAAGCUCAAAUUCAAGAAUAAUCGCAGUGGCGACGAAAUGGAAGUCGACGAAGAUGAUUUUGUCGCGGCCAAGAAGAAGCAAGAUGGCGGGAGGAGUCCUGCGGGCAAGCAGACCCCUCAAAGGAGAGGUCUGGGUAUGGACAAACAGCGAGGGUCUCCCGGCGGAGGUAUACACAAAGGACGCGGCGGCCGAGGUGGUUUCAAGCAUGGGGUGCAAAGUCGAAGGGGUGGCAGAAGAUAGUUUGACAUGCGCGAUGAAUUGGUAGAAGCGAUUUGUAUUAUAUCCGACUCACGUCCAUAGUGCGUACCACCAACUCCGUAAGGAGGGCUAUCAACACGAAAAACCAUUGUACAGACCAGCUACAAAUUGAAAUCCUUCCUGCCGUCUCAUGACCGGAAAUGACCAGCAUCUUCCCAUUCCUCGUUUACUCGUCAUCGUCCUCGG